AAAUAUCAAAACCAAAACACUAACAUAACCUGUAUGAAAUCAGCUAAACGAAAAGUCAUCUUUCUUAAACAAGUGAAGAAAAGAUUAAUUAUGAGUGCUACAGCUGUCCUAGCAAUACGACUUGAUAAGAAGUUAGAAAAUCGUGUGAAAGUCGAUGUGGAUCUCGAAGAAAAAAUCAGUUUACUCAGAGAACAAGCCAGCAAAACUGUUCAGCGACCAGUGCAAGACUUAGAUUUGGUCUAUGCUGGAGCAGAAUUAGAAGAUCAACACACCCUAGCAUUCUACAGCUUUAAAUCCGGUCGCACCAUUCAUGUUCUCACAAAAGACAAACCUAAACCUUUAAGGGUGCCGAAACCUUUAUCAGAUGCUGAUAUGCAACGAUUUCUUAGUGCUAUGGAAGAAUAUGGACAUAAAAACUUUGUACAGAAAUUUCCAAGAAAAGAAGCAAUCACAAAGCUCCUCGCCGCUGUGCCAGACAUCUACGACGACACAGCAGCCCUGGGCCUGCUCAACGACCCCGAAAUGAUAGUUCUCUUUUCAGACCCCGAAGUCCUGCGCAAAGUCCUCGAUUCCCACCCAAUAAUCGCCGAAGUCCUGCCGAUAAUCACCACCUACCUGCGUGAAAACCCAAUCACCCCAAGCUCCAGCUCCACUUCCAAUCAAGCCUCCACAAGCACAGCCAACGCAUACUCACUAGAAUCCCUCUCAGACGAUGAAGACAUGGACAACAACCCGCUGCCUACAACAAACAACGAUACAACACGCGAAGGAAACGCCUCAGCACCUCGAAAUUCAUCAUACGUUGCGAUAACAACCGAACAACUCUCCGCAGCGCUCGCAAACGCCAGAAAUUUCAGCUCGACAGACACAAAUUCAUCAUCGGCAUCUGCUUCGAAUGCAAAUCAUACAUCCCCACCGAUUAUCACGAAUGAAAUGUUUGGUAAUGCAUUACAACAAGCUUUUACAAGUGUAAACAACACUAACAGUAGUAAUACAACACCAAGAAAUAAUCCAAUCGUCGAUGAUGAAAGUUUAGAGAGUUUACGCACACGUCUCCAGCCACAAUUACAACAAAUGCGCGACAUGGGCUUGUUGGAUGAGACGCAAAACAUCCGAGCUUUACAAUUGACAUCCGGUGAUGUCCAGGCGGCAGUCGAGAUGGUUUUCGGCAACGAUAUCGAUAUGAACUUUUAAUUUCGGUUACAACUUGCACACAUUCCACAAACAAACAGAACAGAACUUCUUUCAUAAAUCGGUGCAAUUGCAGCUGUUUAAUUUAUAUAUAACAAUUGUAUAUUGAUAAGAGAUAAAAAUAAAGGAACUAAUUUGAUUACUCGAUUAAAAUCACACAAGAA